ACAUCUCUUGAGUUACUGGGAUUAUGAAAAUAUGCAAUAUCAAUAUAAAUCAUUUUUAUAAAUAAUUAUAUAGUCAAGCCUACAAAGAGUAUAUUCUCAAUGACUACCAAAGCACAUGGUAAUGGUGAGCACACAGGUUCAUUUUAACUACACCGUGGUACAUUCGACUGGAAGUGAUUCGGUGUGUAGUUACGUUACUUCGUUAGGUUGGAUGCUUGAAAAUGGGGGAUUUUCAGAGUUUUAAGUUCGAGAAUUCCAUGCCGGAUUUAUGUCCUGAAACACAGCUGAACUUUAGAAAGUUUCUUCAAGCUGCUGGGAUUGAAAACAUGUUGAUUAAAGAUGGCCGGAGAAUAUCAGAUACCGAAGUACUAAAUGAAAUCAGGAAAGAGGUCGCUGUUUUGUCUAUGAACGACGAUGAUGGACGGACCUCGUCGCUGAUUCUUGCGUGUAUCAACGGUGACGAUGAAGCUGUUAAACUUCUCAUUCUUUCGGGCGAGUGCGAUGUAAACGAGGUUGCACCUGAUGGAGAAACUGCACUGACGUGUGCCAUAUCCUCGAAUGCUGUGCGAAUUGUGGAGAUGUUGUUAAAACAUGGGUCUGAUCCAAACUUUCGUGGUAAGAAAGUUGAGUGCACUCCAUUGAUGGAAGCUGCUAGUGUUGGUUAUACUGAUAUUGUGAAGUUGCUGUUGGAACAUGGAGCAUGUGUUGGCCAAAAGUCGAACACAGGAAAUACUGCACUACAUUAUGCUGCUACUUCCGGUCACUUGGAGUGUGUUUGUCUUUUACUACAGUACAAUAGCCCAAUGGAAGUUCAAAAUGAUACUGGUCAUACACCUUUGAUGGAAGCUACAAGUAACGGGCACGUAGACGUCGCUCGUUGCCUUAUAAAGCAUGGAUGCGAUAUUAACACACAUUCAGCGGAAUUCAAAGAAUCCGCACUAACUCUGGCAAGCUACAAAGGUCAUGCGGAAAUGGUCCGUUUCCUGUUGACUGCAGGAGCCGAUCACGAACAUCGUACUGAUGAAAUGCACACUGCUCUAAUGGAAGCUGCAAUGGAAGGUCAUGUCGAAGUUGCUCGAUUACUCCUUGCUCAUGGCGCGAACGUGAACAUACCACAAGAUAGUUUCGAGUCCCCUCUAACUUUGGCCGCUUGUGGAGGCCAUACUGAGCUUGCACAUCUGUUAAUUGGAUAUGGAGCAGAUAUUGAAGAGGUGAAUGACGAGGGCUAUACACCCUUAAUGGAAGCUGCAAGAGAAGGUCAUGAAGAAACUGUCGCUUUAUUGCUUGCAGUAGGUGCUGAAGUUAACGCAAGAACGGAGGAAACCCAAGAAACUGCUCUCACGCUUGCAGCCUGUGGCGGAUUCAUAGAAGUCUGUGAAAUGCUUCUAAAUGCUGGUGCUGAUAUUGAAGUUGGUGGAGUUGGUUGUUCUACUCCUUUGAUGGAAGCUGCUCAAGAGGGACAUCUGGAACUUGUCCGGCGUUUGUUGGAGCGUGGAGCAUUAGUGAAUGCAGUGACCGCCACUGGAGACACGGCGCUUCAUUAUGCAGCUGAAAAUGGGCAUGUCAAAGUUUGCGAGAAGUUGCUUGACUGGGGAGCCGUUUUUGGAGCUAUGACAGAAGGAGGACGAACUCCAUUGAUGAAGGCUGCAAGAACAGGUCAUUUGGAAGUUGUCCAGUUAUUUUUAGAGCGUGGAGUAGCGAUUGACCAGCCUACCUCACAGAAUGAUGCCAAUGCCUUGUCGUUAGCUUGUAGUGGCGGACAUGCAAAGAUGGUAGAGUUCCUUCUUCAACAUGGUGCUGAUCCUCAAUAUCAGUUAAGAGAUGGUUCUACAAUGCUAAUCGAAGCUGCUCGUUCUGGAAAUCCAGCAGUUCUGAGACUCAUUUUAGACUAUCCUAAAUGUCUCAGUCAGCCGUCGUCCAUGCUUCCAAAUGCUUCUGUUCAGCUUGUUGCGAAUACAUUGAACCAACAUCAAACUCAACACCAAUUUUCUCAUGACCAGCGUUCUGCUUAUCAAUCACUCGUGAAUGGCGUACCUACAAUCGGCAAUGUUAUCAUGCCACCACCCCCUCCGCCUUUACCUAUUUCUGUCUCCGGAAUAACCAACAUGGAUAUGUGCCUUGACCCAUCUCAUUCACAUAUGCACUCACAAGGUCAUUCGCAUUCCUGUCAUUCACACCAACAACUUUCGUUUCAGGCUCCUUCCAGUCUUUCUACGUCAACUAACUCUGUUCAGCCCACAACUCAUAUAAAUGCGGCACUGGCCAACGCAUAUGCUGUUGGAUGGGCAGCCGGGGCAGCUGCUUUAGUUCAUCAACAACAGCAGCAUCAUACAAUAAACUCAGCUAUUACCAGUUCAGUGGAUGCACCUUUGGUUAUGUGUCCUCCAGUCAGCGCUAUACUUUCACACACACAUACUUCUGGACCAUUGCAUGAUCAGAUUUUGUUGACAAACAACAAUACAUUCGAGCUUCUUCCUGGAACUUCUUUAUCAACAAAUGGAUCAUGUACUACUUUACCUUCAAACUGUUCGAUUAUGGCUCACAAUGCGCAUUUAAAUUUUCAAACUACUUCUGUCACUGCUGCUGUCGAUUCAGUUACCGGGAUAACUAGUGUUCAAACUGUGUUAACUCAGGCAACACUAGGUGCUAGUGGAACGGGACCAUCAUCUAGUACAACUAAUAGUAUUGGUAGCAUCAGUGGAGGUAGUUCAACCAGCAGUGGAAGCAGUGCUUCAUCCAUGGUUGCUGGAUCUUCAAUUGACCUUACAGAUGACUUUAGUGCUGGUCUACUGGCACUUUUUCAAGAGCUGAUGCCUGAUUUGAAAGCGGAUAAAGAUGAAUUGAUCAAACGAUUUGAAGCUGUCAUGUGUCCCUUCAGCACACUCCGUGCUGCUCGUACUGCUAUUAGUCAACGAAAUGGAACCAAUCUGGAUUCUCCAACGGCAAUCGCUAUGAGUACUAAUGCUGCCGUUUUGGCUCUUAGCAAGUUAAUUGAUCAACAAUCACAGUGCCGUGCUCAUUCUUCGUAUCCUGGAAAUGGUUGUGAAGUACUGGAACAACACCUUUCACCUAGAUGUAUUCAUACAUCUUCAGCUGAUACCGUCUUGUCUAAAACCACCCAGUGGACAGGUCUGCUUUCGACUUCCUGUGAUACACAGUUUCCGGAACCAAUUUCUUUUGCCACUGAGUGUGGCCCAACACUUAGCACAGUACCUGAUGAUCAACCAGACCUCACUGACCCCAACGAUCAUAACUUUAGUGCCGCUGCAAAUGUAACACCGGUUAUGUCUUCUUGCCAUUCAUCAUGCUCCGCAUUAUCAACAUCAGAAUGUUCAAUGUCUUCUGUCCAUAGUGCCAACUUCUUAUGCCGUGCCAAUAAAACAACUUCAACAUCCGUCGAGUCUAUUUUACCUGCACUAAAUUCUUACGACUAUGGAUUGGAUAAAACCUCUGAUGUAUUAGGACCUUGCAUUGAUUCCUCGUAUUUAAGCAAUCUGGUGGAUUCUGUCGGUCUUGCAACAACUCAAGCUGUCAUUCAUGAAGCUGGUUUAAACCAUGAUAUACUUACAUGUUAUCGUCAUUUUCACCAUCCUGGAUCACAUUUUGCUUGUGCGUUUGAUGCUACAGCCACGACAGCUUCAGUAGCGAAUUUGAGUCAUAUGGGUGUUCAUAACAAUAUGCAUCACCAUCAUCAUCAUCAUCAUUCUCUGAAUGUAUCAACUUGCGGAGAUAAUCUAAUCGGUUCCAACAAUUUACUUCAUGUCCCACAACAAUCGUCCGCUAUUUCCAUCGAUAGUUUAAUGGUAAAUCAAGCGGGAACGAUCGCUUACAAUCCCUCAGCAAUGGCAGGAUACCAACAUGUCACACACCCAACAUUGUUACCAGUAAGUGGAAGUAGAGUUCUGCCAGUCGGACCCCAGUCUAUCCUAUCAUCUGGAAGUGCUUCUAUACCGAACCAUGGUUUGUCACCCAAUGACAUGGCUGCAGUUGCUUCUAACAACUUGUCUAUGAUGGGAGAUACAAUAUCUCCCUUAAAUGUACCAUCUUUAAUUGAUGUUAAUGCUUGUAUUGAAUCCAGUAUGGAGACAGCUCUAACUUUGGCGUGUAGUGGGGGAUUUGUUGAUCUUGUUCGUCUGUUGUUGGAACGUGGAGCUGACAAAGAACAUCGUGACAAAAAAUCACAUACACCACUCCAUACUGCUGUGUGUGCCAAUCAGCGCUCUGUCGUCUCAUUGCUGCUUGAUUAUGGCGCAGACAUUGAGGCACAAGUGGAUCGCACAAAAGAUACGGCUCUGUCAAUAGCGUGUUCUCAUGGAAAAUUAGAGAUCGUCGAAGAACUACUGAACCGUGGUGCCAACAAAGAACAUCGGAAUAUAUCUGAUUACACUCCGCUGAGUUUGGCUGCGUCGGGAGGAUAUGUUGAGGUUAUACAAUUGCUUCUACGUCAUGGUGCAGAAAUAAAUUCGAGAACCGGUUCAAAGCUUGGAAUCUCUCCCCUUAUGUUAGCUUCUAUGAAUGGACAUACUGCAGCUGUUCGUUUGUUACUUGAACAUGGCUCGGAUAUAAACGCACACAUUGAAACUAACCGCAAUACUGCUUUGACCUUAGCAUGCUUUCAAGGUCGUUACGAAGUUGUACAACUUUUGGUCGAACGCAAGGCCAAUAUUGAACAUCGUGCGAAAACUGGUCUUACUCCUCUAAUGGAAGCAGCCUCUGGUGAUUAUGUAGAAGUUGGGAGAAUCCUGUUAGAUCAUGGGGCUGAUGUCAAUGCGUCACCCGUACCAAGUUCCAGAGACACAGCUCUGACCAUUGCAGCCGAUAAAGGCAAUGCGAAAUUCGUCAACUUGCUCUUGGAAAAAGGUGGAGUUGUUGAAGCACGAAAUAAAAAAGGUGCCACCCCACUAUGGUUAGCUUCAAAUGGUGGUCACCUUGAGGUCGUUCAAAGUCUUAUCCAGUACAAUGCAGAUGUGAAUAGCCAAGACAAUAGAAAAGUCAGUUGUUUAAUGGCAGCUUUUCGCAAAGGUCACAUUAAUGUGGUGCGCUUGUUAGUUCAAUAUGUAACUCAGUUCCCAUCUGAUAAGGAUUGUAUUAGACAUAUUAAAACUGCAGUAACGGACAAGGAGCUGGCUAAACGCUGUCAACAGUGCAGGGAAAUUAUUAUAGCUGCUAAAGAAAAACAAGAAGGUGAGGCGAAGAAGAAUGCUGAUUGCCUUUUGGAACAAAUUGAACAGGAAGAAGAGGAACGAGCUAAUCGAGAAGCUAUGCAAGCUCGAAAACGAGAAAGGAAACGCAUGAAGCGUAAAGCAAAGCAAGAAAAAGAACGCCAAGUUAAAGGCAUAAAUCAAACACAUACAGAUUCUAAUGUCGAUGCGUCAUCUCGAAGUAAUACAACUGCUGAAACCAAUGAAAAUAAACGUACUAAUCAGGAUCGUGAUGAACAGUUUAGAGUUGAACAUAGUCCAACACUAUCACGUGUCCUACAACAUGCCCAAGAAUCCUCACUAUGUAACCAAUUGUCAGAUGGUAUAAUUUAUGAUGUAGAUGACAAGCAAUGUUCUGCCUUUCGUAAUCCCUCUGAUUCACUUGUCACUGUUGUACCAAUGUCACCAGAGUCUACUAAACUUAAUCAACAGAUUGUAAAAGAUGUACAUCUUAAUUCUGAUGCUUCCAUAACUAAUGUUGAAAAAUCCAAUGUUCAACACGAUUCUGAUUCUGUUGAUAACAGUUUUUGUUCACAAGAAGCUGAAUCGAAUGCUGCGGCUGUAACAGAAGCCAAACGUGAAAAACAUCGAAACAAGAAACAAAGCCAACGAGCAGCAAAACGUGCAGCUGCCGAAAAUAACACUGCUUUCGAUUUGGAUAAAGUCAGUAAAUCACCCAGCCCAGAAAUUCAGGACCCUAUUAAUUCCUCAAUCUCUCCUUGUUACGCUCUUUCUCCAAGUGGAGAUAGUGAAAACUGGAACUUGCUCAUCGAGUCCCAAAGUGCUCAUUUUGGUCAGUAUUUUAAUAUGGGUAAAAGUUCGAAUGUUGUCAGUGAUUCAAAUACAUGGACUGUAGUCGUACCAUCUAACAGUACGCGAUCUCAACGCACUACAGUGAGUACACACGUUUCUUCGCGUGUAAGUAAUGAGAUGGCUGAUUGGAAGACUACCAACUCUAGCAACAAUUCUUAUAAACGUCGACUUUCAAUUCCUGUUUCGAGGCAUGAUAUUGGGAAAGUCAUAGGUCAAGGUGGAGCAGUUGUUAGUGCCCUAAGAAAUAUGAGUGGGAUUCAAAUAGAUAUCGAAAGUGCGCGAAGUGAUGAAGUAACAGAGCGUAUGGUCUAUUUGAAAGGUCCCAGCGAAGCUGUCCAGCGAACUUAUGAAACGAUUCAGGGACUUCUCGACGGUUCAAUUGCUGGCAAUGAUGUCCUACUAAUGUAUCACGCUUUAAAAAAGUCUUCUACUCUACCAUCAAGCAUGUCGCUUUCUGGUACUGCUUUAGGCUCUCUUACUUCUAGGUUGAAUGGUGCAACUAGUGUGUCAGUCCAGAAUACAAUUAAAAGCGGGUUGUCUAGUGUUAAGGUUAUCAACCCAAGUAACAGAACUCCUCGUAGAACUGGAAAAUCUGUAACUAAUCCCGUAGCUGCAAAUACAACUCGAUCUACCUCAACUCAACCAACUCCGCUUCCCGUAGUCCCAAAACCCACAAAAACACCCGCAAUAUCCAUCUCUAAUAACAGUAGCAAUAGCACGUUUUCAAGUACAACAGCUAUUUUGAUUCCUUUGAUAUCUUCCGGUCUGAAAACAACUUCUGGAUCAACGAGUUGGAGUUCUAAAGUCUCAAAUACCAGCUCUUCAAAGGGUAACUUCGCUUCCGUUGCUGCGGCAGGAAUAAGUACUCAUUCAUCGCGCCUCGUUAAGCCAGUAGACAACCAGAUAGUAAAAAGUGUUCGCAGUCAGUCAAAAACUACCGUUCAAAACUUAAUGACUGCACCGGCUCCAGCUUUGUCAUUAUCAACAACAACUCCUGUUUCGUUACUAUCUCUCAAUUUAUCUCCGUUUCCAUCGAGUAGCCAAAUGUUUCCAGAUUUUAUUCCAUCGCUUUCUAAUGUCGGCGAUUUCUGUACUGAUUCUUUAGAUGAAGUUAGCUUUCCACCCUUGAAUCCUUCUAAAUCCACCAAAGUUACUCAAUUGAGAACAGCCACGACAACAACAAUACCGGCAGUAACUGUGUCAAAUAUGAGGAAUCCGUCAUGUUUAUCUAACACACAUGUUUCCUCUUCGUCUGUAAAUUGUCCUGUCGAAGGCAUUUCGUUUGGAAUGGAUAAACUUAAGAUAAAUACCUCAUCUGGUGACUUAACAUACAUGCUUUCCAUUAGUGUAUUUGACAGUCCCGUUUCUACAGUUCAUACAGCAUCUGUCUCAAAUUCAUUCCCCCUAACAACGCUUCCUACCACAUCACCGUCUAAUUAUGGACCUUUGACAGUUUCUCCUACUUGUGGAGUUAUGCAGACUUCUCAGUCGAAUACUCCAAUGGGUUCCGGUAACACACACACUUCAGCUUAUGUUUCUACACCGCCUACAACUACAACUCAAACAAAGUCAUUUGCUAGGGCUCCGGGUUCUGAACGCAGCGCGCAUCAAAGAAAUGCAAAUGUAACAGCUACUUCCGUCUCCCUUAGUCUAAACGAUUCCUUCCCACCAUCGCUUUUAUCCUUGGAUGUCAAUGGUAACACAAAUGUUUCCGUAAACGGCGGUGUUAAUGACACUACACUUUUCACACCAACAAAGCGUGCUAUCGCUUCAGACAUUCACAAUCCUGAUUUUCGUCAUGAUCCAAUCUCAAAUCAUUUUCGACCUGAUAGGUCAUGUGAAUGGCAAACUUCUGACUCGUCUGCAGCUCCUGCACCAUUGUCUUCUGCAUUUGUGAAGAACACUACGUUCUCAGUAGCCUCCAACACACUAACAAUUACGUCCACUAGUGUCAAUAGUUCGAUCAUCGACAGUCACUCAGCUAUGGACUCUGUCCCAGUUGUUACAAACGUAUCACAAACGCGCGAUCCUAUCGGUUCUCUCCACUCUAUGCCAAUAUUAUGGUCUGCUUCGAGACCCGAUUUGAAUCCCAACUCAAUAGGUUUCCAACCAUCGUUCCAAACACUUAACCAAGUCGUACCAAACUUGAAGGCUAGUGCUGAAUCAGCUGACUCAUUAAUUCAGGCUUCCUUACUCCGAAAUGACUUCUCUAAUCACUCUGUAUCUGAUCAAUUUCAAGAUCAAUACUCUACCCAAGGAGCUCAAUCUGGUGUCUUGCGUCAAAUGGUCACACAAGCAUCUCUCCAGAAAUCGAAUCCUGUUGGAUUAUCAUAUUUACAGUCCGCUCAUCAACAAACUCAGAUUAGUAAUUGCUCUUCAGGUUUAAACAUUUCAAACACGCAAAGUAUGUUGCCAACAUCCUCAACAAAUACUCCCCUAAAUGCAUCUUUCCGGUUCAAGCCUCCAAUGUCUGGUACCUCUGCAUAUUUAGAAUCACGAUCUACAGCAUUAAAUGGUUUUCCAAGUGGUUUUUGUUCUCCAUCGACUUCUUCAAUGCCUUUGAAUAAUCAAUUUUCUUCCGUUUUCCCUAUGACUCAACAACAGUCAUUCCCGUUACAACAGCAACUUUCUUUAGGCCCAGGUACUAUUUCAGCCUUAAAUCAACAGACCACAAGUGGAUUAUCAACUCGUUUGGGUAAUUCAUCACAUCCUAUGAUUAAUCAAACACAAUUGUCUAUGUGUUCAUCUGGUCCAGGUGGAUCUUACACUCCUCCUCCUUUUAUGACCGGUUAUGUUCAACCUAGCAUCCAACCUGUGUGUAGUGCUACAUCAGUCGUCCAUCCAAAUACAAACUAUACAUCUCAUUUGCUUAACGGUUUCAGUUCUUCAUCCCAUAUUGGAACAGUGUGUACUCCGACAGUAGGUGCUGGAGUCCCGUUAGGUAUUCCAUCAAAUGCGGCACAAGGUCCUGUUCAAAACCAACCCGUUCCUAUACAACCAAUCGGUGCUGAACGUCGCCGACAAGCCAACACUCUCACGUCUGUCACUUCUUCGAGUAUAGUUUAUCCCAAUAUGUCGAGCAAUAAUAAUCUAGCUGGGCCUGUCAACUCAGCAGCUCCGGUUGUAGCCAAUCCCCUAGCGACGAUGCAUCCACAAGCUCCUUCUCCUCAACAAUGUUCCGUUAAUUCCAAUGCUAAUAAUUUGUUAAUGGCGUUUACGAUGAAUUGGAUGCAGCAGCAGCAGCAGCAACAACAACAACACUCAAACUUAGUUAGUGGUGUUUCUGGGACAGUAAAUUCACCAGUUAACUGGCCUCCUCCCAUGUGGCCUACUAACAACAUAAAUAAUAACUAUCCUGUCACCUGUCCACCCAUGAAAGUUCCUCCUUGUAAUCCAAAUGACAUGAACAUCUAUAACAAUUCAGCUAUGCUUCCAAACACUUUACCUGCUGUUAAUGGAGUGGCAGGACACCAGCAUCAACAAUCAAUAAUGGCUGCAGCUAUGGCGGCAAUGGCAAAUAUAUAUCCUUGGAAUAGUGGCGGUGGCAAUGGUAGCGGAAAUUCCGGUAUCUUAAGUGGAAUCCCUGGUGUAUCAACAGCUGGCUCAAAUCGUUGGGUAUGUCCUCAAGUUAGCACUGCAUUCCCUGGUGUCAACCCAUCGACUGCACAACCGUACUACCAAGAACAAUAUCCUACAUUAAAGCCUAGUGGUGGUAAUUAGUUGUUGUUGUUGGUUCUGUUGCCAUCGGGAGUUUUCACACCACAUACUUAACGUGAAGAGGUAAUUUAAAACGUAAACUGCUCUUGACUUUUGGAUUGAUAACUCCUUACUGUCUGUUCGUUUUCUUUUUCGACUGAAUAAAAUAUGCUUCUUUCCUUGUUUAUUCAUUUCUACGAAUUGUAGUUAAUAAAUUUAGCAAAUCGCAAGGUCGUUCAUAUUAUUAUGACGAAAAUGAUCAGGAUUCUUUGUAGUUAUGCUCGCUAUCAGUAUCGAUCUUCUACUUGUUCUCUCUUUGCGUCCUGUUUAUUUAAUGUGUGUAGAUUUCAGGGUUGUCUCCCGGUUGCAAAGUAGUCGUUCAUAUUGUUAGCAUGUUUAUAUAUAUAUAUAUAUAUAUAUAUAUAUAUAUAUAUAUAUAUAUAUAUAUAUAUAUAUAUUGAAGCCUAAAAACAGCUUUUUGUUCGAAAUCGAUCAGAUUUAUUUAUACCUGAUCUCUCGUUGCACAUGAUUCUUCUGAUAAUCCUAAAGUAAUCUUGAAUGCAGUUGGUUUGUCAGUCUAAUUCCUGAUAGAGUUGCAAUCAUUUGUUCCAUCUAUUCAUUAUGUUGUUAAUUCUAGUGUGUUUAAUUUUCUGCAAGUCAACUUUUUGAUGCUGCCAUUCUAUAUAAAUAAAUUUUCGAUUACAAUUUUCUUGUGUUGUACUAGUUUCAAUUGGAGGCCAUUAUAUUCAAAAAUAAACCUCACUUUUAUAUUGCCUCUAUUAAAUGCUUGUCUUUCGUACUCACCUGAUUCUGCUGUGGUUUGCGUAUUAUUGUUAUAGUUAUUAUUAUUGUUAUUAUAACUUGAACAAACUAUUAUACAUGAAUGGUAUACCUCUGUCUUAGCCACUCUCAAAUUGUAGUGAAGCUUUGUUGUUUUUUUCCAUACUGUUACUAAUUAACAUUCAUUCAUUUAACUGUAAUCAAAUCAUAUCCAUAUUACCUUUCUGCUCGUUUCCCUUUACAACAAAACCUCUGAAAUCUCCUUUUGUUAUAAUCUGUAAUUUUGAUUACUAUAACAUCUUUGUUCUCUCAUACUACCAGUGGACAGAUUUGAUAUAUAUAUAUAUAUAUAUAUAUAUAUAUAUAUAUAUAUAUAUAUAUAUAUAUAUAUAUCGUUUUUUGAGGGAAAAAGUUAACAAUCUUUUCAGGCUGUUGCGUUUUUAGCAAUUGCCAAAAUUUUCUUAGUGAACUUUAGCUUCCUUGUUUGUUUUUCUGUCCUACUACACGGUCAGUUGGUUGACGUUUCCUCGUCAGUGUAAUGUACUGUAUCAUAGAUCAAGCAUCCUACUAUUAUUUGUCCAAUGUUCUCUCAUUCUUAGUGAAAAAUAUAUGGGUUCGUCAAAGUGAUUUCCUCUAGAAAGUUUAUGCACUGGCACUUCCACUUUUCUUUAUAGUUGUCGUCAGCCAAAUUAUACUUAAUGUAAAUCUCAACACUUUCGUAAGUGUCGAUCAGUCCUUUUUAAAAUUAUACCAAAAU